GUAUGUAAGACAUAUAUAAUUACAGGAAAGCAUGUUAGAGGCAAAUAGAAAAUUCAUAAGUUAUGGGCUCUGUUUAAGAGAGCACCUGUGUUAAGAGGCCACUAUUAGACUGUACCUUGAGUGAUCUCUUAAUACAGGUUUGACUGUGUGUGUGUGUGUAAAAGGGAAAAUGAUGCACAAGCAUUUAAGUUCAGCCUUCCAAAAAUGCAGACUGCACGGAAGGGUCUGGGAGAAUGUAACACAGUACAAUGUGUGUAAACUUGAAUGAUGGUAAGGUCUUGAUGGCUGUCAGGUUUCUUUUACGUUCCUCUAGUUUUAGCAGUGGGACAAAGUCCUGUCACUCUGUGACCCAAGGAUGAACAACAAUGUCAAAACUUGCAGUACAGUAGUAGGGUUUAAAUAAAAUCUCCAAUCGCUCCUAAAAAACUGAUAUUUCCAACACUGAAUUUCCCAAGCACUUAUCAACUUGGUUCUGGACACCAGAUGGCGCAGCGCCCAUUUCCAUUCCAUUGUUUGUCGGGCUCGUUUUUGGCCUUUAAUCAUAGUUUCAUUUUACAAUGUAUAUUAACUCUUUCAGUGCAGACUGAUGACUGAAAUGUUUUGCAACUUCAAAAAACUGUUUCUAGGCAACGCGAUGACUGUCUGAACGAAAUGACACCUGCAACGUUGUUCCAAACCCUGUUUUUUUGAGCCAGUUGUCAUUGGUCCUCAAGGGAUUAAAGCGCGCGCAUGUAAAUCUUUUUUUGGGGGGGGGGGGGGGGGGGGAGUGUUGCAGUGACGCUUUGGGCAUAAAAAGGAGGAGGAAACAACGAUGCUUAGCCUAAACUGAUAAUAAAGCGUAGCAUAUAAUCGUACCCAAACAUUUAGCACUGUGCGUUCACUACAGAGUGUUGCGUGUGUUUAGAGCUGGGCAUCCCAUCUUUCUGUUCGGAGACGCUUGAUUUUAAAAUAAUAAUAAUCGAACAUUCCGUAUAUCAGCGUAAGCAAUGCCCAGUUUAAAAAAACGAAAUUCGAAUUCGUCUGCGCACCGGGCAGAGGAGGAUAGCGAGGCGAUUGAAAAGAUGCAGGGUUCUGUUCCAGGGGUACCCGGUUCCCUGAACCGAGAGGGCUCGUCUGGGAGCCCAGACAAAGAUGUCAGCGAGGGGGACGGAGUCGCCCUAAAAAGAACCAUAACACUUGUCAAUGGCGUUGCCAUAAUUGUCGGCACCAUCAUCGGUUCUGGGAUCUUCGUAACCCCCACGGGGGUGAUCAAGGAGGCCGGCUCUGUGGGGUUAGCCCUUAUCAUCUGGGCUGUCUGCGGUGUCUUCUCCACUAUCGGGGCGUUGUGCUACGCUGAACUGGGAACAACCAUCUCUAAAUCCGGCGGCGAUUAUGCUUACAUUCUGGAGGUCUACGGGUCCCUGCCAGCCUUUCUAAAGCUGUGGAUCGAGCUGCUCAUUAUCCGCCCCUCUUCGCAGUACAUCGUGGCUUUCGUGUUUGCCACCUACCUCCUCAAACCCAUCUUCCCGGACUGUCCGGUACCAGAUUCUGGAGCCAAACUUGUGGCUUGUCUCUGUAUACUGGUGCUGACAGCGGUGAACUGUUACAGUGUGAAGGCAGCUACCCGUGUUCAGGAUGCCUUUGCCGCGGCCAAACUGCUCGCCCUUGGGAUCAUCAUCAUUAUCGGCUUUGUUCAGAUCGGCAAAGGUGACACUGAAUACCUUUUGCCAGAGAAUUCCUUCAAAGACACCAACACUGAUAUUGGGAAGAUCGGCCUGGCUCUCUACAGUGGACUUUUUGCUUAUGGAGGCUGGAAUUACUUGAACUUUGUCACAGAAGAAAUGAUUGAACCUUUCAAAAACCUGCCCCGUGCCAUCAUCAUCUCCUUGCCAAUAGUGACCCUGGUCUACGUGCUCACCAACCUGGCCUACUUCACUACCCUUAGCCCCCAGCAAAUGCUCACUUCAGAGGCUGUUGCCGUGGACUUUGGGAACUAUCACCUGGGAGUCAUGGCCUGGAUCAUCCCUGUGUUUGUGGGUCUGUCCUGUUUCGGCUCUGUGAACGGUUCUCUCUUCACCUCCUCCAGGUUGUUCUUUGUUGGUUCACGAGAGGGACAUCUGCCCAGCCUUUUGUCCAUGAUUCACCCUACCUUGCUCACUCCACUGCCCUCCCUGAUAUUUACAUGUCUAAUGACUGUCCUGUACGCCUUCUCCAACGACAUCUUCUCAGUCAUCAACUUCUUCAGCUUCUUCAACUGGCUGUGCAUCGCCAUGGCAAUCAUCGGGAUGAUGUGGCUCAGAUACAAGAAGCCGGAGCUGGAGAGACCCAUCAAGGUCAAUAUCCUGCUGCCGAUGUCCUUCGUCCUGGCUUGUGUGUUCCUGAUCAUCGUGUCCAUUUGUAUGACUCCAGUGGAGUGUGCCAUUGGCUUUGCCAUCAUCCUGUCGGGGGUUCCUGUUUACUAUUUUGGAGUGUGGUGGACAAACAAGCCCAAGUGGGUGCUCUCUGGCAUCUAUUCUUCAACCGUUUUAUGCCAGAAGGUCCUGGAGGUGGUGCCUCAGCAGUCGUGAGGUGGAGCAGCUGUCCUUUCAGCCCUGCACACAAUGACUGUCCUGCUACUCACUCAUGAAAUGAACACUGGACACUGGCAACCAACCAUGGAACCAACCGCUGCACCUGCGUACCUCAAACUGAAUAGGGCAUAUGAGUUGUGUGCAGGAGGGGAUGCAGCUGAGACUGGGGAGGGGGAGGGAAGGUGGGCUAUUUUAAUUUGCAUACAACAGGGUUUUUAUGUGUAGCAUAUUUUUUGCUGUGCUUUUAGAUGGAAGUAGUUUACCUCCAUUCUUUGUAUUUAUUUUUUAACUUUGUUGCAAAAUUCUAUUUUAAACCUAAAUUUUAAUGCUGGUGAUACCCAUGUGCCUGCAGUGUCAUUUAGUCUAAAACCGUUUUGA